AAAAAGAUAAAUGAUGCGUCAUCCUCGCAAGGCAGAUAUAAUCACGUAGUUUCAUAACGCGCAUCACGAGCUCAGCUGCAAGAUGAAUCUGAAGAAACGAAUCGUGUUAUUUGGCGGCACUGGAAACACCGGUCUUUGUUCUCUGAGAACCGCCGUGGAAAAUGGUCUGGAGGUGAGAGCUUUUGUAAGAGACAAGGACAAGGUUCCUGAAGAUCUUAGAAAUAAAGUUGAACUAAUUGAAGGAGAUGUUACUAAUGCAAAAGAGGUUGCAAAUGCGGUAGCUGAUAGAGAUGCCGUUGUGGUAAUACUUGGUACCAGGACAGACUUGCGUCGUACUACUGUAAUGUCUCAAGGCAUGAAGAAUAUAAUAGAAGCCAUGAAAGCACAUAAUGUUGAAUUGGUGUCUAUAUGCCUAUCAGCAUUUUUAUUCUUCAAACUUGAAGCAGUGCCUACUAUAUUUAGAAGUGUAACUGAAGAUCAUCAGCGCAUGUUCGACUUGAUCAAAUCAAGCGAUUUAAAAUGGAUAGCGAUAUUUCCACCGCACAUUACAGAGACACCAAAGUCCAGAUACACUGUCACAUUCGAUUCUUCACCUGGACGAGUAAUCUCCAAAUAUGACCUGGGUGCGUUUCUUGUCGAAUGUCUUGAGAAUCCUAAUUAUUAUCAAAAGAUCUGUGGCAUUGCGACCGUGUCAUGAUGCGAGAAAUGUUAUGCAACUGGCUCGAAUUGUACGUGUUGGAUGGAAAAAGAUCAUGUUCUGCCGCUAGAAUACAACGAAUGAAGAAGGAAUAUUUACAAUAAAGAUGUAAUCUAGACGAGAGAAAUGGCGCUAAAAAA